GCAAAAUAAAUUAAAAACUUAAAAUAAAUAAAUUAAUAAACAAUAAUCUUUUGUGAAAAGAAAAUUAAAAAAAGAAACACAAAAAAUAAUAAAUAGGAAACGAUGGAUAAUCCUAAAAAUAACAAUUAAGACCAAAAUUUUAAUCCGAAGGAUUAAGAUGCGAUGAAUUAAGCAUAGGCAGCCAACGGAAAAAAGAAGGAAUUUUAGAUUUCAGCAGCCACAAAGGAUAGAGUCGAAGCAGCAAAGUCCUACAUAGAAAGAAAAUAUGCAAAGGCUCUUUAAAGCGAUAGAGAAUUUAGAGAGAAUUGGGAACUCUUAUAAAAGAAGAUGGCUUGUCUCAAUAUGGAUUCAGUUGAUAAGAAAAUCAUAGAGCAAGAUGUUAUGAGAUAAGAGUUUGAAUUCAGUCGUAAAAAACGUCAAAAAUUAAGCCCUGCAGAUUAUGAUCCUCUCUCUAUCAUAGGUAGAGGUGCAUUUGGUGAAGUACGUGUUUGUCGUGAAAAGAAAUAAAAUGGUAGAAUAGUUGCAGUAAAGAAAAUGAAAAAGCAAGAAAUGUUAUAAAAAAACUAAAUCAACCAUGUCCGUGCCGAAAGAGAUGUACUAGCUACUGUCGAUAAUCCCUGGAUUGUUGAAUUAUAUUGCUCAUUCCAAGACUCUAAACAUCUUUAUCUUGUUAUGGAAUAUCUAUAAGGAGGAGAUUUGAUGACCGUUUUGAUGAAAAAGGAUAUUCUUUCAGAGGAAGAAUCUAAAUUCUAUGCUAGUGAAUUAGUUAUGGCUAUUGAUUCUGUCCAUAAAAUGAAUUAUAUUCACAGAGAUCUUAAGCCAGAUAAUAUUCUACUAGGAAGAGAUGGCCAUAUUAAAUUGUCUGAUUUUGGUCUUUGCAAGCAUGCUGAAAUAAAACCAAAAUUAUUACUUGGUAAAGAAGAAGAAAAAAUAGAUUUUUCUAAGAAUCCUACUGCUCUUUUGACCAAGAGACCAGAAGUUUACAAGAGAAACAGACAUCUUGCUUAUUCCACAGUAGGUACUCCUGAUUAUAUUGCUCCAGAAGUAUUUGGGUAGUAAGGAUAUACUGAAAUUGUUGAUUGGUGGAGUUUAGGAGUUAUUCUUUUUGAAAUGCUUGUUGGAUAUCCUCCUUUCUUCUCUGAAGAGCCAUCAACUACUUGCUAAAAAAUUAUUAAUUGGCGCAAUACAUUUAACAUCCCUAGAGAAGCUGAGCUUUCUAAAGAUGCUGAAGAUCUUAUUCGUAGAUUAAUAAAUGAUCCUAUUAACAGAUUAGGUGUUAACGGUGUUCAUGAGAUCAAAGCUCAUCCAUUUUUCUAAGGAGUAGAUUGGAAGAGAUUAAGAGAAAAAACUCCUCCUUACGUUCCAGAAGUGAAAGAUGAGAUAGAUGUCUCAAAUUUUGAUAAGUUCGAAGAAGAAGAACCUUGGAUAAGCCAUGAAAAUAAUAGAAAAAGCAAAAAUAGACAAUAAAACUUCCCAUUUAUAGGUUAUACUUUUAAAAAGAACAUGGAAAGUGAAAGGUCUCCAAUCAAGAAAUAUUUGACAGAAUUUGAUCAGAUUUUUGUUUAAAACAUGCAAUAAUAGCAACAAGGCGGAUAAGGCCAACAGUAAUAGGUUUAGUAAAAUGCAUAAUCAAAUGUCCCUCUCUAGCAAUAGACAUAAAGAUCUUAGAAGAGUCCUAAUCAUGUAAACAAGCCUUCUGAAUCAAAUGUUGGAGAUGCUCAUGAAUUUGAUGAUAAAACCUAAAUUAAUCAAUUAAAAUAAUAUUAAGGGGCUGCAUUAAAAAUAGGAACAAACUCUUUAGCAUAAAAAAAUGUCAAUCCAACAAAUCCUAACCAGUAAGCCUAGCAAUAAUUACAAGGCUAAUAAGGAUAUUUAGUAUAAAAUUAAACUUCUUAAAGCGGCUCUUAGAAAGCAAUCAGACCUCCUCCAUCUUAAGAGAAUGGAUAUCCUCCUAACAAUGGGAAUAUUCAAUCUAUAAAUUAAAAUUAAAUAAAACUAAACUAAGGAUAACUUCCACAAAUCCCUCAAAAAAUCCCUGCAAAUAACAUUAAUGCUUAAUAAAUUAGUCCUAGAACUCUUUAGCUCUAGCAAUAAAUAAAUUAAUAGCAUCCAAAUAAUAAUGGACAGCUAGGAGUAAAUAAGUUGUAAUAGUCAUAAUUAUAGCAACCUGAGCUCUAUAAUAAUAGCAAUAGCAAUAACUCAAGCUAAAACGGCCCAAAUGGAGCUAUCAUGAAAGCCUCUUAAUUACCUAAUUCCUAACUAUUAACUCAAGGAAGCACUUAAGGGUCUUAAAAUAAUAUUAGUGGCUCUGGAUUAAAUAACCCUGGACACUUCUUAUACAAAGUCAACAACGCAAAUAACGCUUAACAAUAUGCAAGUAAUUCACAAUAAUAGCUGUAACAGUAACAAAUGACUAAAAUGAUGCAGCAGAAUAAUAAUAUUGCAAACUCUAAUAAUAUAAACAGCUUUUAGCAAUAGUAAUACAUGAAUGCAUCAAAUUUAUAGUUGUAGUAGCAAAACUAUUUGCAAUAAUAACAGAUAUAACAAUAGCUUACUUCUUCAUAAAUUUAAAAACUAUAAACCUCUAACUAUGCUUCUAAUAAUAUGAAUGGUUCUGGUUCUACUAAUCAAACUUCCUUCAGAGUAAAUCCAAAUGUAUCUCCUCGCUUUUAAAAUGAUAUCCCUACAGGAAUGGUAAACAGUGGAAAUAAUAAUAUGCAAAUGGGAAUGAAUUCAAGUUAAAAUGUAAACAGAAAUAUUUCUCCUAAAGUCAUACCUUAAAAUUUAUAGAAUAACUACGGAUAUAAUUUCUUCAACAGAGGUGGCUCACCAAAUAAAAACUGA